AUGGAUAUGUUCAGUCUUGGGGAAGGCAACAACACCACAUCGUCCCAGGAGCCCUUCGGGACAGGCGGCAACGUUACUGACAUCUCCGACGUGACCUUCAGCUACCAAGUGAUCACCUCUUUGCUUCUGGGCACCCUCAUUUUCUGCGCGGUGCUCGGCAAUGCCUGCGUGGUGGCUGCCAUCGCCUUGGAGCGCUCCCUCCAGAAUGUGGCCAACUAUCUCAUCGGUUCCUUGGCGGUCACCGACCUCAUGGUGUCAGUGCUGGUGCUGCCCAUGGCUGCUCUGUAUCAGGUGCUCAACAAGUGGACUCUGGGCCAGGUCACCUGUGACCUGUUUAUCGCCCUGGAUGUGCUGUGCUGCACCUCGUCCAUCCUGCACCUGUGCGCCAUCGCGCUAGACAGGUACUGGGCAAUCACUGACCCUAUAGACUACGUGAACAAGAGGACGCCCCGGCGCGCCGCUGCGCUGAUCUCGCUCACGUGGCUCAUUGGCUUUCUCAUCUCCAUCCCGCCCAUGCUUGGCUGGCGCACCCCGGAAGACCGCUCGGACCCCGACGCAUGCACCAUCAGCAAGGACCAUGGCUAUACCAUCUACUCCACUUUCGGAGCUUUCUAUAUCCCGCUGCUGCUCAUGUUGGUCCUUUAUGGGCGCAUCUUUCGAGCCGCGCGCUUCCGAAUCCGCAAGACUGUCAAGAAGGUAGAAAAGAAGGGAGCGGGCGCCAGUCUUAGUACAUCGUCGGCCCCGCCCCCCAAGAAGAGCCUGAACGGACAGCCAGGUAGUGGGGACUGGAGGUGCAGCUCUGAGAGCAAGGCUGUGGGGGCUUCAUGCGCUAAUGGUGCGGUGAGGCAGGGUGACGACGAUGCCACCCUGGAGGUGAUCGAGGUGCACCGAGUGGGUAACUCCAAAGAGCACCUGCCGCUGCCCAGUGAGUCCGGGACUACGUCUUAUGCCCCUGCUUGUUUGGAGAGAAAAAAUGAGCGGAAUGCUGAGGCAAAGCGCAAGAUGGCCCUGGCCCGUGAGAGGAAGACAGUGAAGACGCUGGGCAUCAUCAUGGGCACUUUCAUUCUCUGCUGGCUGCCCUUUUUCAUUGUGGCUCUGGUCUUGCCUUUCUGUGAGAGCAGCUGCCACAUGCCUGCGUUGUUGGGUGCCAUAAUCAACUGGCUGGGCUACUCCAACUCCCUGCUCAAUCCCGUUAUUUAUGCUUAUUUCAACAAGGACUUUCAAAACGCAUUUAAGAAGAUCAUCAAGUGCAAGUUCUGCCGCUGA